UCCGGCGUAGAACGAGUCCAUGCUUGCUCCGCUUCAGAGUACAUCGACAAUUGCUCUAAAUCAAUUGGAUCAAGUCUCAUUUUAAACAGCCACCUCCAGUUAGUCAGCAGGAUGUCCAGUUCGGACGUGCUAGCCAGUCCCUGCGGCGUGGACAUGUCCUCCUCUCCCAAAUCACCACUGACUAAAACCCAACAUCCUGACAAGGACUCCAAACAGAACCCUGUCCCUGCCUCCCCUCCCCUCCAUGGCCUGAAGCUGGCUCCCCACAGGGAGCUGGAGCAGGCGCAGCAGAGGGGCAGGCUGAAGUGUUCUAGCUGCGGAGGCUCCCGGAUGUUCUUCUGCUACACCUGCUGCUCUUUAGUGGGCGUCAGCCAGCAGGAAAUCCCCUCCGUCAAGCUCCCUAUAAAGAUUGACAUCAUCAAGCAUCCCAGUGAGGUUGAUGGGAAGAGCACAGCCAUACACGCCAAGAUCCUCGCCCCUGAUGAUGUCACCAUCUACACCUACCCCUGCAUACCUGACUAUGAAGAUGACAAAGUAGUGCUGGUGUUCCCUGGUCCUGGAUCAGUCUCAGUGGAGGAGAUGACAUGGAGAUUACAGAACCUGGCUGACAUGAAGUCAGCUGCCUCCCCUGACGAGGAACCGUCCCCAAAAAGGCCCAGAGCUGAGGAGCCAGGGGCCACACAGCAGGCUGAGGGACAGACAUCAGGAGCCACACACACAGAGGAGAGGGGAGGGGCAGCAGGGAUAGAGGGCCAGACUGAGACACCAGGAGCCUGUCCCCUCCAGAGAGUGGUGUUCAUCGACAGCACAUGGAACCAGACCACCAGAAUCAUCACAGAUGAGAGACUACAGGCGUUGCUCUGUGUGGAGCUGAAGACCAGGAAGACGUGUUUCUGGCGCCAUCAGAAAGGUUCUCCAGACACCUACCUGGCAACCAUAGAGGCUGUCUACUACUUCCUCAAGGACUACCAGGAGCUGUGUCUGAGACAGGAGUACACAGGACAGUAUGACAACCUGAUGUACUUCUACUGUUACCUACACACACUGAUCAACAAGGCUAAGACAACCGCUGGGAGACGCUGAGGACGCAGGGGGGAGAGAGGCCAAAACUACCGCUGGGAGACGCUGAGGCUGCAGGGAGGAGAGAGAGGCCAAAACUACUGCUGGGAGACGCUGAGGCUGCAGGAGGAGAGAGAGGCCAAAACUACCUCUGGGAGACGCUGAGGCUGCAGGAGGAGAGAGAGGCCAAAACUACCUCUGGGAGACGCUGAGGCUGCAGGGAGGAGAGAGAGGCCAAAACUACCGCUGGGAGACGCUGAGGCUGCAGGGAGGAGAGAGAGGCCAAAACUACCGCUGGGAGACGCAGAGACUGCAGGGAGGAGAGAGAGGCCAAAACUACUGCUGGGAGACGCUGAGGCUGCAGGGAGGAGAGAGAGGCCAAAACUACCGCUGGGAGACGCUGAGGCUGCAGGGAGGAGAGAGAGGCCAAAACUACUGCUGGGAGACGCUGAGGACGCAGAGAGAGGCCAAAACUACCGCUGGGAGACGCUGAGGCUGCAGGGAGGAGAGAGAGGCCAAAACUACUGCUGGGAGACGCUGAGGCUGCAGGGAGGGGAGAGAGGCCAAAACUACCGCUGGGAGACGCUGAGGCUGCAGGGAAGAGAGCGAGGCCAAAACUACCUCUGGGAGACGCUGAGGCUGCAGGGGGAGAGAGAGGCCAAAACUACCGCUGGGAGACGCUGAGGCUGCAGGGGGAGAGAGAGGCCAAAACUACCGUUGAGAGACGCUGAGGCUGCAGGGAGGGGAGAGAGGCCAAAACUACCGCUGGGAGACGCAGAGACUGCAGGGAGGAGAGAGAGGCCAACACUACUGCUGGGAGACGCAGAGACUGCAGGGAGGAGAGAGAGGCCAAAACUACCGCUGAGAGACGCUGAGGCUGCAGGGAGGAGAGCGAGGCCAAAACUACCUCUGGGAGACGCUGAGGCUGCAGGGAGGAGAGAGAGGCCAACACUACUGCUGGGAGACGCAGAGACUGCAGGGAGGAGAGAGAGGCCAAAACUACCUCUGGGAGACGCUGAGGCUGCAGGGGGAGAGAGGCCAAAACUACUGCUGGGAGACGCAGGGAGGAGAGAGAGGCCAAUAGAAGCACAGCGAAGAGCUGCUGGCAAACGCACGAAAGUGCUGUUUGAAUGAAUGCUUACGAGCCUGCUGCUGCUUACCACCGCUCAGUCAGACUGCUCUAUCAAAUCAUAGACUUAAUUAUAACAUAACACACAGAAAUACGAGCCUGUGGUCAUUAAAAUGGUCUAAUCCGGAAACUAUCAUUUCGAAAACAAAAUGUUUAUUCUUUCAGUGAAAUACGGAACUGUUCCAUAUUUUAUCUAACGGAUGGCAUCGCUAAGUCUAAAUAUUGCUGUUACACUGCACAACCUUCAAUGUUAUGUCAUAAUUAUGUACAAUUCUGGCAAAUUAAUUACGGCCUUUGUUAGGAAUAAAUGGACUUCACACAGUUCGCAAUGAGCCAGGCGGCCCAAACUGCUGCAUAUACCCUGACUGCAUAUACCCUGAAGAGAAGUGACACAAUUUCCCUAAUUAUAAGAAAUUCAUGUUAGCAGGCAAUAUUAACUAAAUAUGCAGGUUUAAAAAUAUAUACUUGUGUAUUGAUUUUAAAGAAAGGCAUUGAUGUUUAUGGUUAGGUACAUUGGUGGUUAGGUACGUUUGUCGAAGUAGGCGCAUCGAUUAUAUGCAACGCAGGACACACUAGAUAAACUAGUAAUAUCAUCAACCAUGUGUAGUUAACUAGUGAUUAUGUUAAGAUUGUUUUUUAUAAGAUAAGUUUAAUGCUAGCUAGCAACUUACCUUGGCAUCUUGCUGCCCUCGCGUAACAGGUAGUCAGCCUGCCACGCAGGCUCCUCGUGGAGUGCAAUGUAGGACAGGUGGUUAGAGCGUUGGACUAGUAAUCGGAAUACCGAUUACCGAUUGUUAUGAAAACUUGAAAUCGGCCAUUCCGAUUAAUCGGUCGACCUCUACGAGGUAGUAUCUUUUUGUGUCUAAAAUGUAUAAUGCAAGAAAUGGCAGUGGAAAUGGCAGUGGAAAUGCUUUUAUGCACUAAUAUUGAGAUGGAUAUCAAAGUAAAUAUCCAGGGUCUUAUUCUGGUGACAUGAUGAUCGAUGCUUUGUUGCCGUUUUGACAAAUAAAGAAUCUGUCUCUUUGUCCAUAAUAAUGUCAUGUAGGCUAUAGCUUCACUGUAUCUGUCUAUUUGUCCAUAUUAAUCUCAUGUAGGCUAUAGCUACACUGUAUCUGGCUCGUUGUCCAUAAUAAUCUCAUGUAGGCUAUAGCUACACUGUAUCUGUCUCUUUGUCCAUAUUAAUCUCAUGUUGUUGGUUGGAACGCACAUGCCAAAUCCAGAGUGGAUCCAUUUGCUAUAGAACGCAACAAAACCAUCAGAGUUAAAUGUGAUGGAACCCCAUUUAUAGUUACUUGUAUGGGCACUACAUCAAACUUUUAUCCACAAGUCAAUUUGGGAAAAUGCAUAUAGUUUUUAUGCAGAUUUUAGAAUAUUCUGAUGGAAACCUAGCUACUGUCUAAAACUCUUGAUUUGUGUGGAGGACAAAGUACAGCUCUAAUUCGAGAGCUUGAAACUCUUGGCGCUGUCUUUCAGUGAUUCAGGUUCACCCAUCAGAUGUGAUGUUCUAAGGAAUGGUUGUUACUGUGCAACAUGUCAUGUGGAAUUAUGAACGGUAUAUCACCUGGUCUGUAUAAAAUGACUAAAGAAAAUGUACUGCAUUUGUGAAUACAGAAGUGUAAAGUAUUUGAUAAAGGCUGGGGUUGAAUUCA